GAAAGUGGCAUCAAGAUAAAUAGUUCUUCAUAGUCCCGAAUUCGGACAUAGGUUCCCCAGAUUUCCCCAGACUCUACUGCACCUCUCUCCAUCUUUUCCUGUCAUCUUAUCAGCUGUCGAGAGUCUGUGCUGUCAAUGGCGCCCACCCCCGGUCAACGUCGAGACUGCGAAUGCACUCACGGAUCCGAGUGCUGCAGAGAAACACCACAAGCAUGAGUCGGUACUUCUGGAUCAUGUAGCCCACGAUGCUCAAGCGGCGACAGAAGGCCAAAAGAACAUGUCGGUUAUGGAGUCCUUCCGGGCAUAUCCGAAGUCUGUGGCGUUCUCAAUGGUCCUCCCCCUCUGCAUUGUCAUGGAGGCCUACGAUACUUCUCUGAUUGACAACUUUUACGGCUUGCCGCAAUUCCGUCGACGAUUUGGAGUACGUUUGGAGAACGGUGACUAUCAACUUACAUCAACAUGGCAGUCGGGUUUGCAAAACGCUACUCAAGUUGGUCAGAUGAUUGGACUCUUCAUCGGUGGUAUUGUCGCGGAACGCUAUGGAUACAAGAAGACUUUCCUCGGCGCCCUGGUAUUGAACAUCGCUUUCAUCUUCCGUUUCUUCUUUGCGCAGAAUAUCGGCUACCUUCUUGCAGGAGGUCUGCUUUGUGGCCUCCCUUGGGGUGCUUUCCAAGCUUUGACGACAACAUACGCCGCCGACGUUACGCCUAUGGCCCUUCGACCAAUUAUGACGACUUAUACAAACAUGUGUUGGGUCAUCGGACAGUUUAUCGGCACCGGCGUCCUUCGAGGACUUCUUUCCCGCCCCGACGACUGGGCUUGGCGUAUUCCCUACGCCAUCCAAUGGGUGUUCCCUCUGCCCAUCAUGGUUGGCGUUAUUCUCGCUCCCGAGAGCCCGACUUGGCUGGUUCGCAAAGGACGUCUGACCGAUGCUCGCAACGCUCUUCGACGCCUGGCGAGUUCUUCGACAACUGAUGCCCAGCUUGACGUCAGCAUCGCCAUGAUUGCCCACACGAACGAGAUGGAGAGGCUGAACUCGGAGGGAACGUCAUACAUCGACUGCUUCCGUGGAACCAACCUUCGUCGCACAAUGAUUGCCUACUUCGUCUGGGUGGGACAGGUUGCUUGUGGUGUUUGGUUCGGUGGCAACGUCAUCUACUUCCUGCAACAAGCUGGCUUCGACUCGGACAACUCUUUCAGCUUUGGUCUGAGAGAUAGCGCCAUCGCCAUCGUCGGCACCUUUCUGUCUUGGUUCCUCCUUCCACACGUUGGGCGCCGCACGUUAUACGUCGUUGGUCUCUGCAUCAUGUUCACCGUAUUAGUGACCGUUGGCGGCAUGGGCAUUCCGGAUCCUCGUCCGGAUCUAGGCUGGGCAUCCGGUGCCUUGUUGAUGGUCUUCGUCAUCACCUACGACAUGACUGUCGGACCAACUUGCUACUGUCUAGUCGCAGAGAUCCCUUCCACCCGGCUCAGAAUCAAGACAGUUGCCAUUGCCCGCAACACCUAUCUUCUGGCUAGCAUCGGUGCCAACUUCUUGAACCCACCCAUCAUCAACCCCAGCGCCUGGAAUCUGAGAGGAAAGGGAGGUUUUAUCUGGGCAGGGAUCUGCUUCUGCGAACUGGUGUGGGCGUACUUUUGUCUACCUGAACCAAAGGGACGCUCACCAGCUGAGCUUGAAAUGCUGUUCGAGAACCGCGUGAGUGCCCGCAACUUUGCCCAGGCCAAGGUGGAAGUGUUUGCAGACAAUGUGGAGAGGGAUGAAAAGCACGAUGGGCCGGUGGCAGUCACGAUUGAGGGCCUCUAAGUACUUAGAAGAAGUCUAGUAGUCAUUCACAAUGGUCACUUCCAAUGAUUCAAACAACUAUUACGGC